AUGGCUUCAGAUUAUUUGAGUCCAGACUCUAUUGAAGCUGGGAAUGAGGUUCGGGAAGUUAGCAGCAAUGUGUCGAAACCAACAAAACGUCAGCGAUGGGCGACGCAACGGGCUGCUGGCGCCGGAGGCGUGCGGAAACGUGUCUCGAUCAUGGAUCGCUUUCAUAAACGUUCCGAGUUGAGAAACGAGAAGCGACACAGUAACUUACCGACCGCUGAGCAGCCGAAUGCCCAAGGCGACCAAGACAACCAAAGCGAUCAAGGCGCCAGUACUCGACGGGUUUACUUUAACAUUCCGAUACCUGAAUCCGAACGAGACGAAGAUGGCCAAAUCAAAGCCUCGUAUCCCCGAAACAAGAUUCGGACUGCGAAGUAUACCCCUUUGUCGUUUAUCCCGAAGAAUAUCUGGUUUCAAUUCCACAAUAUCGCCAACAUCUACUUCCUUUUCAUCAUCAUUCUUGGCUUCUUCUCUAUCUUCGGUGUAGACACACCCGCGCUCAACACAGUACCCUUGAUCUUCAUUGUCGUCGUGACCGCAAUCAAAGACGCCAUCGAAGAUUGGCGGCGCACGAUAUUGGAUAACGAACUGAACAAUACCCCAGUAUACCGUCUCGUCGACUGGAACAAUGUGAACUCGACCGAGGAUAAAAUCUCGAUGUGGCGUCGCUUCAAGAAAGCAUGCACGCGCGCCACCAUAUCCACAUACAGGGGGAUGAAGCGUCUGGUGCAGAAGAAUAAGGAUUUGCCGCAACUGGUUGAAGAUGAACGGCGCAUAUCGAUCAUGACGACUGCCACACCACGUGCGUCUAUGUAUUCCCAUAGAGGCGAUAAUGGCAUGGAGGAGGAUGCGAUCCAGAUGACACCCGUACCAUCACCAUCUCCCGAGGCGCGGCCGAACUGGCCACUACCUGCCCCGGAGGAAGAUCAAUAUCCCCAUCCAGCUAAGGCAGCUCGUAAUAGCGCCCAGGAGCCAGUGUCGUCUGCGACACCGCCGCGAAAGGGUGGCAGCGUGGUGGACAUGUCCAAGCAAGCACUUGGCAAGGCUCGGUUCAAGCGCGAUUAUUGGAAGAAUAUUCAGGUUGGAGACUUCGUUCGACUGUACAAUGGUGACCCUAUCCCGGCCGAUAUCGUGGUGCUUUCAACUUCCGAUCCGGAUGGCGCUUGUUACGUGGAGACCAAAAAUUUGGAUGGGGAGACGAAUCUCAAGGUUCGCCAAGCCCUGAAUUGUGGUCGCCAGGUUAGGCAUGCAAGAGAUUGUGAGAAGGCGGAAUUUCUCAUCGAUAGUGAGGCUCCGCACCCCAAUCUCUACGCUUAUAAUGGUGCACUCCGUUGGGAUCAACGCGAUCCUGAAUAUCCUGAUGCUCCAAGGAGAGAGAUGGUGGAGCCUAUUACUAUCGGUAAUGUGCUCUUGCGUGGUUGCUAUCUGCGCAAUACUGAGUGGGCGCUCGGUGUUGUCAUUUUCACCGGUGACGAGACCAAAAUUAUGCUCAACUCGGGUGCGACGCCCACUAAGAGAGCCCAACUCGCCAAGGACAUGAAUUGGAACGUCAUCUACAACUUCAUGAUCUUGUUCGUCAUGUGCUUCAUCUCGGGAGUUGUCAAUGGUGUUGCCUGGGGUUCAAACGACAGAUCUCUCAAUUACUUCGACUUCGGUUCUUAUGGAAGUACCCCGGCAGUCACUGGCAUUAUCACUUUCUGGGUAGCUCUCAUCCUGUUCCAGAACUUGGUUCCAAUCUCCCUAUACAUUUCCCUGGAAAUUGUUCGCACAAUACAGGCCAUAUUCAUUCACAGUGACGUCUUCAUGUACUAUGAUAAAUUGGGUAUCUCAUGUGUACCUAAAACAUGGAACAUCUCCGAUGAUGUUGGCCAGAUCGAAUACAUCUUCUCCGACAAGACCGGUACGCUGACACAAAACGUGAUGGACUUCAAGAAGUGUACCGUCAACGGAGUCUCAUACGGCGAAGCUUUUACUGAAGCCCAGAUUGGUAUGAUCAGACGUGAAGGAGGAGAUGCCGAUGCCGUGGCCGCUCAAGCCAGGGAGCAAAUUGCUGCCGAUUCGGCCAGGAUGCUUGAGAUACUCCGCGGAAUUCAUGACAAUCCCUAUCUGUGUGACGAAAAUUUGACAUUCAUUGCGCCAAAUUAUGUUGCGGAUCUGGAAGGCCAAUCCGGAGCACCCCAGAAGCAAGCCACCGAGCAUUUCAUGCUUGCUCUUGCUCUGUGUCAUACAGUCAUAACGGAGCAUACCCCUGGUGAUCCUCCACAGAUUGAGUUUAAGGCGCAGUCGCCCGAUGAAGCCGCUUUAGUUGGCACCGCUCGUGAUUGCGGUUUCACACUCCUCGGAAGAUCAGGUGACGAUCUUAUUCUGAACGUCAUGGGCGAGGAACGGACCUAUACUGUGUUGAACACUCUAGAGUUCAAUUCUACAAGAAAGCGGAUGAGUGCAAUCAUCCGUAUGCCUGAUGGCUCCAUUCGUUUAUUCUGCAAGGGUGCGGACAGUAUUAUUUAUUCGCGAUUAGCUCGUGGCAAACAGAAGGAUCUUCGGAAAAAGACGGCCGAACACUUGGAGGAGUUCGCACGCGAAGGCUUGCGAACUUUGUGUGUUGCCGAGCGAAUCCUCACCGAGGAGGAAUAUCGGGCAUGGAGCAAAGAUCACGAUAUUGCCGCGGCUGCGCUCACCGAUCGGGAGGAAAAGCUGGAGCAAGUCGCGAGUGAGGUGGAGCAGGAACUCAUGCUCCUCGGUGGAACAGCCAUCGAGGAUAAACUCCAGGACGGAGUUCCAGACACCAUCUCAUUGUUGGCCGAUGCUGGUAUUAAGCUUUGGGUCCUGACUGGCGAUAAAGUCGAAACAGCCAUCAACAUUGGUUUCUCGUGCAAUCUCCUGACUAACGAUAUGGAACUGAUCGUCCUCAACAUACCUGAAGACCAACCACAACAGGCUUCCCGGGAGCUCGACGAGCGACUUCAGAAAUUCGGACUGACUGGCAGCGAUGAGGAGCUUAUCGCUGCCCGAGCGGAUCACAGACCGCCGGCCGCGACGCAUGCCGUGGUCAUCGAUGGCGAUACUCUCAAGCUGAUGCUGACCGAUGAAAUGAAGCAGAGAUUUCUGUUGCUGUGUAAGCAGUGCAAAUCAGUUUUGUGCUGUCGAGUCAGUCCUGCUCAAAAGGCAGCGGUUGUGCGCAUGGUCAAGAAUGGUCUUAACAUUAUGGCUUUGUCGAUUGGCGACGGUGCCAAUGAUGUUGCUAUGAUUCAGGAAGCCGAUGUUGGCGUUGGUAUCAUCGGUGAAGAGGGUAGACAGGCCGCCAUGUCGUCCGACUAUGCUAUCGGCCAAUUCAGGUUCCUCCAGCGAUUAAUCCUCGUCCAUGGGCGGUGGUCCUACCGCCGGAUGGGUGAGACAACAGCAAACUUUUUCUACAAGAACUUGGUCUGGACAAUCGCUUUGUUCUGGUACUCGAUCUAUAACGAUUUCGAUGGCUCCUAUCUCUUCGACUAUACCUACAUUGUGCUGGUGAACGUUGCUUUCACAUCGUUGCCUGUCAUUUUGAUGGGAAUCUUUGACCAAGAUGUGGAUGACAAGGUCUCACUCGCCGUUCCCGAACUCUACAUGAGGGGUAUUGAGCGAAAAGAGUGGUCGCAGCUCAAAUUCUGGUUGUAUAUGCUCGAUGGCUUCUAUCAGUCGGUCAUAUGUUUCUAUAUGCCAUAUCUCCUGUUCAGCCCCGCAAAUUUCGUGCAUUCGAACGGCUUGAACAUCAAUGAUCGAACCCGCAUGGGUGUCCUUGUCGCCACCUGCGCCGUCCUUUCCAGCAACCUUUAUAUCCUUCUGAACAGCUACCGGUGGGAUUGGCUGACGGUAUUGAUCAAUGUCAUCAGCUCUCUUUUGAUUUUCUUCUGGACCGGGAUCUAUUCUGCGACAAGUGCCUCAGCCCAGUUCUAUAAAGCCGCCCCAGAAGUCUAUGGUGCCUUGUCAUUCUGGGUGGUCCUCCUGUUGACUGUCACGAUCUGCCUUCUUCCGAGGUUCACCGUCAAAGCCGUCCAAAAGGUCUUCUUUCCUCUGGACGUGGACAUCAUCCGUGAGCAGGUCACGCAAGGUAAAUUCAAAUAUCUGGACCAGUACGAGGCUUUCGUUCCGCCCAAGGCUGCCGCGACCUCCGGUGGACUGAGCAAUGGAUCAGCCACCUCCUCAGAUUUGGGUAAACCAGUCCAGUCCAGUAUGAAGCAGGAUCCCUUCUCAGACGAUCAGCAGAUCUACCCGCCGUCAAUCGCCCCGACGUUUCACACUCAUAAUCCGCGCAGCCAAAACGGAAGCAAUGGGACCAACUACAGCUUCGACACCAUGCAACACCCUCGUCCGCAAUCAGUGCACUCAGCUCAACGGACCCGCCAUUCGUUCGAUCGAGUCCGGCCAAGAUAUGAAGUGAACCAUGACUACAACACAGGCACCAUGAACCGGGUUGAUUCCAACACGGGGAUUCCGGAGCCGCAAAGUCCACAUAGCCCGCUCAAAAGCCCUCAUGACCCACCAUCAUAUCAGGUAUAA